AUGGAUAUCAAGGCAGAGGCGGAGGAGAUGGAGUACAAGCGCCCGGCUCCGAUUGAAGUUUUCGCCAGCCGUUCCACGCUGCAUGGCAUCUCGCACAUGUUCACCUACGAGCGGAUGUACAUCAAGCGAACCCUCUGGAUAUUAUUUUUCCUGGGCUCGCUGGGGGUGCUGGCCAUGGUGUGCGUGGACCGCGUGCAGUUUUACUUCCAGUACCCCCACGUGACCAAACUGGACGAGGUGGCCGCGGCUCUGAUUCGGUUCCCCGCCGUCACCUUCUGCAACCUCAACUCGUUCCGCUUCAGCCGAGUGACGCGCAACGACCUGUACCACGCCGGGGAGCUGCUGGCCUUGCUCAACGGCAGAUAUGAGAUCCGAGACACUCACAUGGUGGAGGAGAACGUGCUGCAGGUUCUGAAGGAGCGCGCCGACUUUGACAACUACAAGCCCCGCCCCUUUAACAUGCGCGAGUUCUACGACCGCACGGGCCACGACAUCAAGGACAUGCUGCUGUCCUGCUACUUCAGAGGAACCGAGUGCAACGCCGAGGACUUCAAAGUGCCAAGUACCAUCUGACCUUCUCCUCCUCUCAUGAGUACUUCAGUGACUCCUUCACUUCAAAUGAGCACGUACAUGGACUACAUAAAC